CUAUCCCUCCCUCUAUCCUAAUAAUAGUUAUCAAUAUGACUGGAAGUUAGAGGAAGCUCAGAAGAACAUUCUCCGGACUCACACUACUGCUGUUAGCACAAGAAUGCUCUACAAACUUGGACAACAAAAAGAGUUCACUCCUGUCAAAUAUUUUUCUAUUGAUCGUGUUUUUCGCAGCGAGACACUUGACGCAACUCACCUGGCCGAGUUCCAUCAGAUAGAGGGUGUGGUUGCUGAUUAUAAUUUAACCCUCGGGGACCUCAUGGGAGUCCUGUAUGCUUUCUUUAGUAAAAUGGCCAGUCCUAUUAUCCAGUCAUACUUCAGGCCUGAGAUCAAGAGUGUUCUAGUCUCACGCUGUCCUCUUCUCUUUACUUGUGUUUGCUGUUCAUGUGUACAUGCUGUUUGCUGAUGUCAAUUAUUUACAAUAUAAUUUGAUGUAGUACAU